UAGCGUCCAGUCCGACCGGUCCGGCCAUGGCCGGACCGGUUUUUGAAAUAUGCACUUUCGCCAGACGCUCAAUGGCAUCAACUUCCGUUUUAAGGACGUCAGUUGAAGGUACUGUACAGGCUCGGAGACCCAGCCGAUGCGAGGCUAAGAUGUGUGCAGGUAAUGCACGGAGGUCCGAGGCCGCUAAAAAGACCCGUUCAUCUCAGAGCCGCCGCAUCUAUCAGGAGCAGACCUGUGAGAUUAGGAGUCUAGCAAGUUGUCGAAGUAGUUGUCUGUCUCGAAGUUACUGGUAUGGACCCGGUGCCGGAAGUCGGCGAGAAGCCAAACCAACCCACUUCCUUUGCUUUCCCCAAGCGUGGCCUUGGCUUCAUUAUGACUGCUCCCGAGAUUCGGCGUUUUGUCACGUCUGCGUGAAAGCCGUGAAAGAAGCAAAGAUGAGGUUGACUAGUGGCAAUGUCAAAGACUCUACAUUUAUUUCAGGCGGAUUCCAUAAUUGGAAAGAUGCCAUCCCGGUGUUCACAAGUCACAACCAGACAACUACGCACAAAACAGCUACAGAAGUUGUUGUCACAUUGCCACAUACCACAGACGAUGUGGGAGAAUUGCUUUCCUAG